AUGGAUUGCUACUUCAUCCAGCCAAUCGGCUCCGGAAACACCUACAGGCUCCUCGACAGCAAUGCAGAUGUCAAGCCAGAUGCAAAUUUACAAUUCAAAAUCGUCAUAGUGGGAGACUCAGGAUGUGGAAAGACGUCACUCUUUACGUCUUAUAUAAGAGGAUAUUUUCCCACUGACUACGAGCCGACUAUUUUUGAGAACCACAGGGCAUUUGUUUCCAAGCAGAAUACAAGUGAAGUUCUUACUGUUGAUUUAUGGGAUACUGCCGGACAGGAGGAUUAUGAGAGACUUCGCCGUUUGAGUUACCAGGAUGCCAAUUUGAUUAUAUUGGCGUAUUCUUUAUCCAGUAGAGAAUCUUUGUUGAAUAUUCCUGAAGUUUGGGCGCCUGAAAUUAUCAAUUUUUGCACCAAUACUCCUAUUUUAUUGGUUGGGCUGAAGGCAGAUAUACCUGUACAUCAGGUGGAUCCUUACGAUGCUUUAAAAGUGGCCAAGAAUAUUGGUGCUGUGGCUCAUAUGCAGUGUUCUGCCAAGCAGAUGUUUAACGUGGAACCGUUAUUUGACGUUUGCUUCAAUAUUGUUUACAAUGGUAAAAAGCAGAAUUCUUCGACAGAGCAGUAUAACGAAGAGUUUGAAUUCGAUUACAGAAGGGCGAAGAAGAAAGAAACCGGUAUAUCAGGAGGAUAG